GAAUAGGUGCAGUGCGGGGGUAAAGAUCAGGUUACUCAGCAUCCUGUGAUCUUAUCGUAAUAUGUAAUUCAUGUGGAGUCGUAGGUAUAAAUGAUCUUGCGUUCGAAUUCAUCGAUAUCUAUCUUUCAUAACACUUCCAUAUUAUUCCCAUCCCCCCCAGUAAUCUAACACGAUGGUUAAGUUGCAUGGUUUCACCCAUUCCACAUGCACGCGCCUUGUCGCGCUCGUCUGCAAGGAAAAGGAGAUUCCAUAUGAAUUGAUCAGCGUCAACCUGGCCAAAGGUGAACAAAAGGAGGCGGCUUUCAUCGCGGUUCAGCCAUUCGGACAGGUCCCGUACAUCGAUGACGACGGGUUCAUUCUAUACGAGUCCCGCGCGAUCGCAAGAUACCUCAUCAAGAAACACCCCAACCAGGGCACUCCCUUGAUCCCCACAGACCCUAAGGCGGAAGCCCUCUUCGAGCAAGCAGCUUCGAUCGAGACUUCCAACUUCAACGCCUUUGUCGCGCCCAUCGUCGCUGAAAAGAUUUUCAAGCCGCGCCGUGGUAUCGCAACUAAUGAGGCGGUUGUCGCUCAGCUAUUGGGCAUGCUCAAGGCCAAGCUGGACGUGUAUGACGUGAUCCUUGGCAAACAGCAGUACCUUGCUGGUGAUUCCGUCACGCUCGCUGAUUUGACGCACUUGCCUUACGGCGAUGCGUUUUGCCACGCUGGCUUUGCUGAAGAGUUUGAGAGCAGGCCCAAUGUUGCCAGGUGGUGGAAAGCCAUUUCUAACAGGCCUGCUUGGCUUGCCGUCAAAAAUGGUGCAUAAGAUCUUAUUCAAGGAAAUGCUCGUGAAGCAGUGAUGUGUCGUCGUCUGUAACAGUAAUAACAAUUUAUACUUCUGGAAAUCUCUGCAAAGACUGAAGUGUCUAUAUGCAUAUGUCAAAUUCAGCGGCAUUACAUAAUAUUGUAAGUACGAGUUGACACUAUUACGUAGUACUGGUGCCGAAACACGGGCCGCCUCUUGUUUCAAGUAGUAUUGUGUGACCAUCGUUCGCCAUCGCGUAGCUCGUCAUGCAGUCGUCGUUCUCGCAUUUCUUUUACCUCGUCCUUUCUCAGAUACGGGCAAUGGCUCGCUUUUCUCCUUUCUUACAUCUUGAUUCUUGAGAAGGUUCGAA